AACCAGCCAGACGCGUUAGUUUCCUUCUGGAGACCCGUCAGUGAAGUAGUGCGCAGUUCAAAACAGUAUUAUCGUAAGCCUAAGCCUAUAGAUAUGGCUAAAAUCGACCGGGUGUUGAUAUGUGUGGCCUUGUCGUUGUUCGUGGUCCCGCUAGCUUCUAGCUACAGAAUAUUGGGCAUCAAUACCAGCCCUAGCCGAUCGCAUGUGAUUGUGCAGGAUGCUCUUAUGAAAGAGUUGGCACGCCGGGGCCAUCACGUCACGAUGGUGAGUCCUUACCCCGAGCCGGAGCGCAUACCGAACUAUCGUAAAAUUACGAUCCCCAUCGAUCCAUGGGCAACAGAUUUCACGAAAAUCAUCUUCGAAAACACCAACUCCCGAUGGUUGAUGAUGCAGAUGAUGCCAUACAUGCUGCGUGCCAGUGCCGUUCCGGUUAAUAAAACGCUACGUUCGCCAGAGGUUCAGAGUGUGCUAAAAGAACCGGAGGGAUUCGAUCUACUCAUUACCGGGAUCAUGACGGAUGCUGCGUUCGGUGUGAGUCACCAGCUCGGCUGUCCGACUGUAGUGGUAUGCCCGAAUGCAGCGAUGGCGGUCGUGAACGAUAUGGUCGGCAAUCCAACACCGAUCUCCACCAUUCCAAACAUGAUGCUGGGUUUGACGCAUCCAAUGUCGUUCCGAGAUCGGCUGGCAAACCUUGGUGGGUUUUUGUUUGAUGAGGUUUUUUCGUUCGUGUGGAAGUACUAUCAGCGGCAAACCUACGAAGAGCAUUUCCCACCGGGACAGUAUCCAUCGUACGAGGCGGUUCGGAAGAAUGUUUCACUCGUGUUCUUGAAUCACCACUUCACCAAAGGUUCUCCACGACCGUACGUACCAGCGAUGAUUGAGGUUGGUGGAUUGCAGAUCAAAGACAAACCUUCACCCCUGCCCGAAGACGUGCGCCAGUGGAUAGAGGGCGCGGAGGAGGGAGUUAUCUUUUUCAGCCUCGGCACCAAUCUGUUCAGCUCUUCCAUGCCGCCGGAGAUGCUGAGUGCAAUACUGCAAACAUUCCGCACGCUGAAGCAACGCAUCAUCUGGAAAUGGGACACGCAGGACAUGCCGAACAAACCGGCCAACGUGAUGCUGAAGGACUGGCUACCGCAGGACGACAUUCUAGCCCAUCCGAACGUGCGGCUGUUUAUCAUGCACGGUGGAUUGGGUGGCAUUGCGGAGGCACUGUUCCACGGGGUACCACUCGUCGGCAUACCGAUGUUCGGCGAUCAGCCCGUCAAUCUGGCCAAGGUUGAAAAGGAAGGCUGGGCAUACGUUCUGAAGCACACCGAGGUCACGGUGGAGACGUUCUCGAGGGCGGUUAAUGAAGUGCUGCACAAUCCACGCUAUCGGGACAGUGUGCAACGAUUGUCCGAGCUGUUUCGGGAUCGACCCCAAAGCGCCAUGGAUACGGCCGUGUACUGGACGGAGUAUGUCAUACGGCACAAGGGAGCGCCCCAUCUAAGAUAUCCGGGAGCGGAUAUGAACUUUUGCAAGCGCCAUUCGCUGGACGUGUUGGCGUUGUUGGGACUAGUGGCAAUAGUGAUCUUUAAGGUACUCCAGUUUGGUUUUAGGCUGUGUUGCAGCAGAAAAGUGAUCAAAUUGAAGCGGCAAUAGAAUCAGAGGAGUGUUUGUUUGCAAUAAGAAAGUCCAAAUAAGUAUUUUGCCUUACACAAAAUGCCGAGCAGUAAUAGGAUAUUUCUUAAAAUAGACACCCCACGCUAUAGCACCUGCGUUUUUAGUAGCUCUCAGAAUAUAUAAGCAAAUCUGUCAAACGCAAACGUGAGCAAAUUGAUAUUCAUUCCCAUUAGGAUUUAUUAACAGCGGCGCACGGAGCCAUCAAUCGUGAAACGAAAACUUAAUUCGGUAUAUGACAAAAUGCCUGCAGCGCGGUGUCUGAUUUCAGACGGCUUAAUUUAACAUUCACAGCCAGUAGAAACCGGAGAACGUGCCAUUACCGCAUAUUGGUGCUAUUCUCCUUUUCCAGCCCGAGUGAAAUCUGCUGAUCCGGGUGACGGUCAAACAAAUUAAAAAAAACACACAUUGGAAAGAUAUAUGGAGCCAAAGUAUUAAGCUGAUCGGAAAC